CCAUCGCCAAACACCACACCCAUCAUGGACUCCGUUCUUCGCCAGUCCAAGGCCGUGUGCCCCUUCAUGAAGAAGGCCACGGCUUCCAGCCUCCGCGCCAUGACUACCGCCGCGCGCCCUGCCGCUUCUCCUUGCGGCGGCGCCAUUUCCAAGCUGCAGGUCCUCGCCCACCGCUGCCCCGUCAUGGGCAAGGCCAUGGCUGUUCAGUCUGCUCGCACUGGAGGCCGCGCCAGCGCUGCUCCUGCUUCCUUCGUUCACAAGGCCAAGUUGCACACCGGCCGUCCCCGUGAGGCGCAGGCUGUCGAGGGUGUCUUCACUGGCCAGAAGGCCGGUCUUCCUCCCCAUCCUCCCGUGAAGCCUACGACCGCUACCGCCGCGAACCCGUCGCCGGCUGCCUGCACUGUUUCGGGCAACUUUGGCACCAAGUUUAACUAUGAGAAGUUCUACGAGAACGAGCUGGAGAAGAAGCACAAGGACAAGUCGUACCGCUACUUCAACAACAUCAACCGCCUGGCCAAGGACUUCCCCCGUGCCCACAUGGCCACCAAGGAGGAGAAGGUCGCAGUUUGGUGCGCCAACGACUACCUCGGCAUGGGCCGCAACAAGCACGUCCUUGAGGCCAUGCACACCACCCUCGAUGAGUACGGCGCCGGUGCUGGUGGUACAAGAAACAUCUCGGGUCACAACAAACAUGCUGUCGAACUCGAAAAUAGUCUGGCUAAGCUCCAUGCCACGGAUGCUGCGCUUGUUUUCAGCUCGUGCUACGUCGCCAACGACGCGACGCUGGCUACCCUCGGUAGCAAACUCCCCGACUGUGUGAUUCUCUCCGACAGUCUUAACCACGCCUCCAUGAUCCAGGGUAUCCGUCACUCUGGCGCGAAGAAGAUUAUUUUCAAGCACAACGAUGUCGAGGAUCUAGAGAAGAAGCUGGCUGCCCUGCCGCUACAUGUUCCCAAGAUCAUCGCCUUCGAGUCAGUGUACAGCAUGUGCGGAUCCAUCGGUCCCAUUGAGAAGUUCUGCGACCUGGCGGAGAAGUACGGUGCCAUCACCUUUAACGAUGAAGUCCACGCCGUCGGCAUGUACGGCCCACACGGUGCUGGUGUCGCUGAGCACCUCGACUGGGAGGCCCACCAGCGCGGCGAGACCAAGGGAACCAUCGCCGACCGCAUCGACAUCUACUCGGGCACCCUCGGCAAGGCCUAUGGCUGCGUUGGUGGCUACAUUGCCGGCAGCGCCAAGCUGGUUGACACCAUCCGCUCGCUCGCCCCCGGCUUCAUCUUCACCACCACCCUCCCGCCCGCCGUCAUGGCCGGUGCCCGCGCCGCCAUCGAAUACCAGAUGAGCUACGACGGUGACCGCCGCCUCCAGCAGCUGCACACUCGCGCCGUCAAGGAGGCUCUCGCGGACCGUGAUAUCCCCGUCAUCCCCAACCCCAGCCACAUCAUCCCCAUCCUCGUCGGCAACGCCGAGCUGGCCAAGAAGGCCUCGGACAAGCUCCUCAACGACCACCAGAUCUACGUCCAGAGCAUCAACUACCCCACCGUUCCCGUCGGUCAGGAGCGUCUGCGCAUCACCCCUACCCCGGGCCACACCAAGCAGUUCCGUGACCACCUCGUCGCCGCUCUCGACUCCAUUUGGACCGAGCUCGGCAUCAAGCGCACCAGCGACUGGGCCGCCGAGGGCGGCUUCAUCGGCGUCGGCGAGGCCGAAGCCGAGCCCGUGGCUCCCCUCUGGACCGACGAGCAGCUUGGCAUCGCCGAUGCCGUCGCUGAGCUCCGCGCCCAGGCCUCCGACGAGAAGAAGGGUGUCAUCAACCAGCUUCUUGAGAGCGUUGCGCUCGAGCAGGAGCGUGAGGCGCUCAACGCUGCUGAGGAGGUUGCUGACGCUGCCAAGGCCGCUGCUGCUUCCGCUUAAGUUUUCUUUUCCUUUUUGAGGAAGAAGCUAUAAGCAAAGCAUCGUUGCUCCAGUGUGACGAGGUGAAACAAACAAGGGGAGCUCAACGGGCCCUUUUCUUUUCUUUUUCCUACCCUAAAAGGAAAGAAAAGCACCUCACGUUCCUUGGAGCGAGCGCGCGCGGCACGGUGGAGGAGUGGAGCAACGAUGUCAAAUUUGUCCUAUUUUAUUUUUAUUGGGAUCUAUUCAGGCGAUACCAACUUGCCUUUAUGUCCUCUCUACCACUAUACCAAUACCUUGGUCAUUUACAAUUCGUUCUGUUAUGCCUCUGGCGUACACCAUCUUGAAUAACAAAAUCAAAAGAUUUUUCUGGCUGGGACACCACAAAAGAUGGUGUCCCUAAGAACCCGAAUGGGUCAAACGCCGCUACACA